GGAGACCGCGCGAGAGCGAGGCAGCUGGUAGAGCUCUCUCGCAGCGAGCGUUUCCGCUCACCUAAAAUAAAGAGCUGACGAGCCGAGGACGAGGAACAACAGCGAAGAAACACUGACAGAGCCAGGCGGCGAAGACGUUAUACAUACAUAUAUAUAUAUAUAUAUUGUAUUUUCCUGCCACAUUCUUGUUUUGGCUGUCUCCCCUUUUUACACAACCGUUAAUGCCUCGAAUGUGAACGAGAGAGAGGAGAGAGGCUCGCCGCUGGUAACCUUUACGUUGGGCUUAGCAGCAGCACUCUGAUCCCAACAUGGACAAAUGAGAAAGCGUCUAUGGAUCAAAUGGCUGGCACGAGUCCCCUGCAUGUGUUUUUGACCGGCUGCCCUUUGGCUCAAUGCGGUAACCGAACUGUCCUGCCAAAGCAGACUUACGUCACUCUCUCCCACUGGCCUGCACCACAUGCAGGUUAAGCCGUAGAGGACUCUCGCUGGUCGCCAGAGGAAAAGAUGUGCGAUGGAAUGGUAGCGUUUCAGACGAGAGCCCCGUCCUCCUCCUCUUCUUCUUCUCCCUCCUCCACCUCCUCCUCCUCUCUAGCCCACAGGCUGGCUGCCUCCACGUUUCUCCUCCUCUUCACCCUGCUCCCUCAUGGUCACGCAUCAGGUUGUGUGCGGCCGCCCGGCGUGCAGCACGGAGACCUGCUGAACCAGACCGAAGCUAACCGAGGAUCUUUUCCUCCGGGCACCCUGCUGACCUAUGGCUGUGAGCCCGGCUACACAGCAGAUGGACCCACCACCAUCAUUUGUAUGAGUUCUGGAGCCUGGUCCCAUCAACCACCACGCUGCAUCAGAAACAAUGUGUGUUCGCCCCCCACUGAACCAGAGAACGGAGGCUACCGCUGUCACCCAUCUCCCUGCCACCGCCUCACCCAGAGGACCGUCAUUGAGUACUUCUGCGACGAGGGCUAUGCUCUGAAGGGAGACUACAAGUUCCUCACCUGCCAGAAUGGCGAGUGGGACGGCCCCAUGCAGAUCAGCUGCCGACUAACACAAGACAAAGAGCCAAGUUCUCCGCUGGGUAUACCGGCUCUUUCUAUUGUGGCAUCCACAGCUAGUUCUGUGGCACUCAUCCUGCUUUUAGUGGUGUUGUUUGUUCUUGUACAGCCAAAACUCAAGUCCUUCCAUCACAGCAGGAGGGAGCAGGGAGUCUCAGGCCAGGCCAGUUCCAUCAUGGUGGAGGGUGUCCAGGUGACACUUCCCUCCUAUGAGGAGGCUGUAUAUGGAAGUGGCGGACCCUGCGGUGCUUCCGGUCCUCCUCCUUCUCCGCCUCCUCCACCAGCUCCGGAGUCACGAGUCCCCAUUGUGCUCUCUGAGGGGCUUCCUCAGGGGGCCACAGGAGGCCAAGGCCCCAGCAGAACCCGCCACCACAGAGACUUAGACUUCUGUCUCCCAUCCACCUCCUCCUCAUCAUCCUUCUCCUCCCGCCGUCACGCAGAGACGGUGCUGGUUCAUCAGGCCCCCUCCUCCUCCUCCUCCUCCUCCUCUUCUUCAUCAUCAUGGGCUAGAGAGCACCCUGGGGGUGCAUGCGCAGGCCCCCUACCUCUCCGUAGAGACUCUGAGAGCAGCGACCAGAACAGUCUGCUCUCUGUCACCUCUACGGAUGAAUUUUCUGAUGAUAUUCCCCUGUUGAAGGAAGCUUGAAGCCUGCCAGCCCGCUAUCAGCAUCAGCAGGAGAGCCCCUCUUUCUCUAUCUCUCACUGCUGACCAGGACUGACUGUGGCUGUCAACCUACUUCCCCCAACCCCCCCACCAACCCACCCACCCUUAGCAGCCAGCAGAGAAAAAGACUGGAACUAUGCCCCAUUCCCCCAUUGCAACCUCUUCUUCUACCAUUGCUACCCAUGCAGAGCAAAGCCAACAGCCAAUACUCACUGCACCACCAGCAGUGAUGGAGCACCACUGGACCCAGCUACUGGAUCAAACUAAAGACAAGUCAGACAAACAGAGUGGUGCCAGCUCAACAUAAAUCCUGUAGAUCCUAUGUAUAUGAGUAAAUCAUGCAUACUGAGUCAAGGUUGUGUACUAUAGGCUAUGUAUCACCAUACACUUGCCUCCUCCCAGGUGUAGUUCUCUAUCUUAACAUUGCUCGCAAUCGAGACACGUCGACUCUGUCUAGGAUUGCUGCAGAUAAAAAAAAAGAAAAGAAAAGAAAAUAACUUGUGAUGUUUGCCCCUGACGCUGCGGCGCUCAGAAUCAGAAUCGUCUUCCCGCUGUACUUGAAAAAGUUGUGAGUGACGGGCUGGGUUUUCGCGGCCCUCUUUGUGAAUGCUGCAUGUUGUUUUUAGUUAUUGCUGUCACAGCACAGUGGCCCACUCUGAAUGAAGCAUGAAGCCUCCUCUCUCUGUCUUUCUCUCUCUCUCUCUCUCUCUCUCUCUCCAGCUGUCUAGCUAUCUGUGUAUCCGGUCGGCGUCCAGCAUAUGGAUUAGUGGGAUUGCGAACCACUUCACGAGAGCUAAAAGCAGGGUGCAGCAUUUUACGAAGCACCAUAUCACAACUAUUUAAAAAAACUGCUCCUUUCUUUUCUGUUGCCAGCUGCACCCAGUAUCUGGAAGGUGCUGCUUCUGUCGCAUGAGUGGGAUUGAUUGGUGUCUUGGUUUCAGGACUGUGCUGCACAUCUUAGUUGUAUAAGAGGGAGACAUGAUGUCACAUUUUGUCUGUAAGCUUAGGAGAGGGGUUGUCUUUGAACAUGGUGACUGGGCACAUGACUUAACUUUAAGGUUGUUUGUGUUUAAUUCUCUUCCCACUGUAUUUAUUGUUUGGCGUGUGUGUGUGUGUGUGUGUGUGUGGCUCAUGAGUUGUUGAAUCUGAGUGCAUGUGUGUGUGUCAGCUAGGCAGGAGAGGACAUGUCCUCAUAUGGAUAGGCUUUCGAUACAGCCAUUUCCUGAUUCGCCUCUCUUCAGAUUAGAGGCUAGCUUCACAAUGUCCCUGUCUUUCACCAUAGGAAAAAAUCCCUCCCAGCGUUGAAUAAGUCACAUGAACAGACCAGCGUCACUUCAGGCAACGAGUCCACUACACAAUGUGUGUAUUAUUCAUGCACUCUCAAGCUAGAAUAUUUAUCAUUUUCCACUGAAUGGCUGGAAAACACAAGUCUCCUUAAGAGGAACUGGCUCUCGCCCGCCUCUACACCGAACUGAAGACUCUCUCCACUCUUGUGCAUUAUCGACACAACUGCAACUGGUUGCAGUGGAAUAAUAAUAAUAAUAAAAGUAUUUUGUUCUAUAGCACCCCACCCCCGCCAAAUACACUCACUCACCCUCCCUUUCUAAUGCCAAGCGCAAAUUUAAGAGAGAAUCAUGUUAUUUUGUUAGAAGUCAUCCAUCCUGUUUUCAUUGCCACUUGAAAAGCUUUUGGCGGUUGAGCUGGUCACCGUGGAAACAGCAUGACUCAGAUGGAUUCUGAGAAUUACUUUUUGAGCUUAGAAAAAAAAAAAAAAAAAACAAGACAAAACACAAAGACCUGUCUGAAUUUCUAUUCUCAGUUUUAUUUGGCAUUUGUGGCUGUCUGUCAUUGUCAACGGCUACAUUAUUAAUGCAAACAGAAUGUUGCCUUAGACUUGUACAUUUUCUUUCUUUUUUUUUUGAUGUAUAAUCUUAAGCCUCCGCGUUGGUUGCUUUACAGUAUUGCAACAUGUUCUGUUUUCCUAAUGGCCUUACUCUGUUCUUUUCUAUUCUAUGCAUAAAACUGUCUUUGUGUAUUUAUCAAUGAGUUUACUUUUGUUGUGUUUUGGGCACGACUGAACGAAUGUCCAUCCUUCUCUGUCCUCCCCUUUGCUUUUUCAGCUACUGUGAUGAUGAUGAUGAUGAUGAUGAUGAUGAUGAUGAUGAUGAUGAACCUAUAAGCACCUAUAUUUCACUAUUCCUUUGCUUCUCUUUUGCUAUAAGGCAUUAAAAUAUUAUGGGAUUGAAAAGAAAAAAAACUGAAAUUAACUUUGCGUUCAGAAGCACUGUUGUACGGUGUCGCUUCCCAUGAAAAAUAACAGGUUUAAAAAAGAAGUACACAUCCUGAUUCUUAGUUUCGAUGCUUUCAGCUUUGGUUUUUCCUCUGUACAUGGCAGUGGGUGUGAAGAUAGUAAUUUAAUAUUUGUAUAAAGUUUAAUUUAAUUUUACAGUGUGUAUAUAACUUUCUAAUUAAAGCUUUCUUUUGAAUGUGGAA